AUGAUCAUAGAUCAACAAACAUCAAUUUCCUGUCCAUAUAGAACAACUUUACAUAUUUUUGAUGCAUAUUACAGUCAAGUACUUGACAAAAAUUCACAGUGCUCGAAUUCACCUGAGCAUAUUGAAAGAAAUCUAAAGUAUUUAGAUAGACCAACAACAAAGUUCAGUUUGAUAACUGAAUGCUAUGCUAAAUCAGUUGGACAGAUUGUAAAACGGUUAUGUGAUGGUACAAAUAGAUGUGAUUUAAUUCAUCAAUUAAAACAGAAGAACAUUACAAAUUGUCCAUACCCAUCGGUUUUACAAGUAAAUUAUACAUGCUUCCCAGUCUAUUCUAAACAAGAGGUUAUUUGUGCAGAUUCUUAUGUUGAAUUAUCCUGUAAAGCGUUUUCUAUGGACAUGGGAUUAAUAGUAUUAGAAGCUGUACUUAACCAUAAUCUUUCAAUACAAUUAACUUCAUCUUCCGAAACAAGUUUGCAAAGAUGUUUAAAAUCAAAUGCAAAUGAAAUUUCAUGUCCUUCAAUUAACUCUAUUUCAAUUAUUUCAAAUAAAUGUAAUGGAUAUUUAACAUGUACUGUUAGUCCAAAUCUAGUACUUGAAUCAUUACAUCUAAUUAAUUCAAGAAAGUCUACUCUUGUUAAACAAAUGUCAUGUACAAAAUCUUACCUAUAUUUAAGAUAUACAUGUGUGCAUAAUUUAUUGUUGGAAAAUACUCUUCGUUCAGAGGAUUCAAAGAAUUCAAUUAAACUUAGAGAAAAACAUACUUUUAAACCAAGGAAGAGACUAAACAAGUCAAGUGGGAAUGGAAGGAUUAAUCAUAAAAUGAAUGAUGUCAAUGUUAUAUUAUUUAAUGAUAAUUUAAGUCUUUACUCUGGUCAAAUAGAUGCAUCAACUUCACAACCGAAUUCUGUGGAACCCAAACCAAGAAGUGCAAAUAUUGCAAUCAAUGAUGAAAUAUUAACUGUACUUAACGAAUUAUCUGUUUCUCCAAAGACAAAACCAACUCAUAUUUAUCUUUCUGCUUUGUUACCUUCAGUACUGUGUAUAAUGGUUAGUUGUAUAUUUGCAAUAGCUAUAUUAUGUCAUAGAAAGCAAUUAUUCAAGAAAAAGCUUAAGUCUAACUACAUUUCUAGAAUAUUGCAUAAUCCAACCUAUUGUGAUCAGCAUUCCACGUAUAAUGUUACAAUUGAUGAUAACAAUCAUGAAACCGUUUGUCAAUCAGAUUUGCAAACAAAUCAUUCAUAUUUGAGUAAAUCUGUCAAGAAUUGUAUAUCUGAAUGGGAGAGUGGAAAAAAUUACACUCCUUAUUUACAAUCAUUACAACAAGUAAAUUGUUCAAGUCGUCAUUCGACUCAAUACUGUCCUAAUUGUAACAAUGAACAAAAAGAUCUAUCACAUUUAUUUCACUAUCAAAAUAUUUCAUAUGGUGAUAAUGAUAUUAUUAGUAAUAAUAAUAUUAUAAAUCAGUCAGUUAAAGCUAGUCCGAAUUCAAGUGGUCAGAUGCCUAGUACAGAGAACUCAUUUCCAUUGACUAGUUCUGAAAUGAUAAAUAAAACAGAAAAUUUGUCCCCAUCAUCAGUAAAAUGUUUAUCACAUGGAUUUGUCAACAAUUCAAUGAUGCAUUAUAAUCAGUGUUAUUCAUCUCAAUUUAACAAUACUACUGGUUUGACUUAUGGUAAUUUUACAAAUUGUUCCAAUAAUAUUAAUAAUAAUAAUAAUAAUAAUAAUAAUAAUAACAAUAAUAAUACUACUACUAAUAAUAAUAAUAGCAAACAAAUCAAUCAACAAACCAAUAAUCUUAAAUCAAACGAACAUGAGAACGAUACUAAACUAAAACAACUUCAUCCUCUAAAUGAUAGUUUAGUAAGUAAUACAAAAUUGUAUUGUUAUCAAGACGAUGAACUGAUUCCUAAUAUUCAUGCAAAGUUAUAUGAUGUUAAUAUUCAUGAAAAAGAAAAGAUCACUUCCGGUUCACAGGAGGAACCUGUGAUUAUGAAUAAAAGAGAUUUAUCGAUAAAUUUAUCAGAACAAAUAAAUUGUAAAAUUAAGCGUCGAUUAGCACCACCGUUAUUUAGUUCUGGAGAUGAUUUAUUCCCAAAUUUUAUGAUGAAUACAAAAUCACCAGCUCACUUGAAAUACGGUAUAAUACCUGUGGUUCGAUAUCCUUACGAUUCGGAUGAUCAGUUAGAAGAUUCAGAUUCUGAUGUAUCAAAGUAUCCCCAAGCUAAAGAUUCGUUGAAUUUUUUGAGAAAUUACGAAAAUAAACCUGACAUAUGUUUAACUGUAAACAAUGAUAAUUUAAACCAAAACUAUUCAAUUUCUACUUCACCAACAUUUAAUAUGUUAAAUCCUAAUAGGAGUCAAUUAUCUCGUACUGCAUCGGAUCAUAAAGUUCAAAAUCCAGUUAGCCCUUCCUUGAUCAGAAGUGUAACUUCACAAAUAACUAAUAAUUCAGCUAAUUCAUUUAUAAAAAUAUCCGAACCAUUUACUAAAAAUAUUUGUACAAUACAACCAAUAAAUGUUUUAAGUAAUAAACAUAAUUCAGAGAAUCACAUAGAAUCUUCACCGAUAAAUAUUAAAAACCGAUGUUUUAUUUAUGAUUCAAACAAAUUACCUACAGUUAGUGAUAAUGAUGAUCUUUCUAACAAUAUGUCCCAUUCCCUACAACCAUAAAUUAUUGGAAACUUUGAAUACAUCCUUGAAAAUAUAUACACA